GUGGUGAGCGGUUCGAGUUUUGAAAAGAGUAGUGGAAUAAUACUUUCGUCAAACGCGUCCGCUCAAUAAAUGAUCCUGGAGUGUACUUUUGCCAAAUUGAGCUGAUACAUCCUUGUUGCAACAACAGAUAUAGAUGAACUGUUACAUACUGUGCUUUUGCAAAAUAGACAGAAUACUUGAAGUUGAUAAGUGUGAUGAACUUGAGCAGAUAAAAAUGAGUGGAAUCAAUUGAACAUGAUUAACAUUUUCGAACAUUUUUUGUGAUCAGUAAUCUUAUAUCGCUAAGGCAGACAUUGUUCUCAAGUUGAAUAGUGCAAUCAUAAGGGUGGAGCAAAACAUUCAUCGUGACAUUUUUAAGCAGCGGUGAAGGAUCAGGGCGACAUUUUGUAUUCUCAUAUAAAGUUGUCUGAAAUCGAUUGUGUGUAAGACUCGAAGAACAAUAGAUGAAUCGAAAGUUGAAAAAAAUAAUUGAUCUAUAAGUGUUAGUGUGGCUCUCUGAAAAAUUAUUUGCGGGAGUGUAAUAAAAGCGAAUACGGUAUAUUCUAUAUACCAGCCCUGACUUCAACCAAAAUGCUUAUAAAGUUAGUUAAAGAAGAUUUUUCGUGCAUGAGAAAUGGAUUUAUAUAACAUUGUCUUCGUUUGAUCGAGUUAUUCCGAAUUUAUUUGAGUAAGAUGCACAGCGGUAGUUUUAUCUCGCCUAAACAUCCGGCCAUACCGCUGUCGAUCGGUAUUGCAUCGAUCGUUCUCGAGGGCCGACCAGCAAUUCUCGAUGGCGGUACUGCCCAUACUGGCGAUAGUGCUUCAUCAGGUUGCGGCCCUGGAGGAGGAGGUGGUGCUGGUGCAUCAGACGAAGAUGGUGGGUCUUACGGAUUGGCCUCAGAUCAUGGCAAACGAUGUGUAUCCGUCGAAAGAGCCUCUCGAGAGAGUCCGCUACAAGUGGCUGAAUGUCAUAAGUCAUUCGUAUCUGAUGCUGCUCAGCGUAUCAACUUGAAGCUCCAGCAAAUACGUUCAUGUCCUGGUUCAAGCAAGGAUAUAGUCGAAAACAUGGUAACCGUUCAAGCGUCUGGAAGUAGUAUGCACCACGGCACUGUUAGUGAUCAAGACGAGUACGACGGUUAUGGAGUUGAGACAUACGCGAGUGAGGCUCGAGGUGAAACAAGUUCACUUGUUUUCAGUGCCAAAGCUUGGAGCAGAGAUCAUAUCUACAGUGGAUUCGAAAAGAUGAAGCUUCUGAGUGCGGUUUCGCCGAUUAAAGCUCCGCCAGCAGUUGCAACGCCGUUUAUAAAUUUCUCCCCGAAUGUCAACUCAAAGAAAAAAUCCGAUAUUGGCAUCAACAAUACCGUGUCUAGUAAACAACGUUCUAGAGAUGGACCUCAUUGUGAACAGUUUUUGAAAAAAAUCGGUGUCAUCAAAAUAGAUCAGAAUGAUGAAGCAGAACAUAGCUGCAGUUAUCGGAAUGAAUUCUGUCUUCGUUGGCAAGCUUAUUUUAAACAACUGUCAUCAAUUUUAACAAGUGGUGAUGCAAUUUGCAUUGAGGUCUUUCUCGGUCCGGAAAAUCACGCAAUACUUCUGGAACAAUGGAUAUUGAAAUUAAAAAUUAAAUCUGCUGAAUCAACAAUGACACUACAAUCUCUCUGUGCUGCCAUACGUAGUCAAUUAUACUUCUCGCAAAUUUCCGCAUGGACAGACCUUAUUAGGAACUCGCUGGAACCUGAAAUUUUUAACAAUCCCCGUAUAAAAAAAGUACCCUCAGGAUCAAUCAGUGGCAACAGCAGCAGUGGAGAAGCAUCGCCCCCUUUGCUACCAAAAGCAAAACUAGAUAUUCUUUUUCGCAUUCGAGGCUAUGACAACUCUGCAUGUUUCAACGAUACACCUACUGUGCACAAUUUUCCUGCUGCCAUGAUUGCGGGCAACUAUGUUAUAGAAGUGAGCCUCAAAAGCUUGCCACGAUUAGAGCGAAUCCCUAGAAUAGAUGAUGAAAUAGAUGCCAAAAUGAACGAUAGUUUGGUCAGCGAUAGAAUUGAUUUACCGUGUCAUGAGAAAGGAAAACAUCGCUGUGCUUUACGCGAAGAAGAAGAAGAAGAUCCUCCGAUGGGGGACGAUGAUCUUUCGUCGGCCGCUAUUAGUCACCGAGAAAAACAGCUGAUGAAGUACAAAAAGCGCAUGAUGAAGCGCGAGAAGAAAAAGAAAACUGUUUCUUACGAAUAUGGAUCAGGUCUCACGGAAACGAUUCCAAUGAUAACGACCCCUCCGGUUUGUAAAUCACCAGCAUUGAAUAUUCCUACCGUGAACCAAAACAGCAACUGUAGCGUACCGCCAUACACUUCCUCCAUCAAUUUGAUCCAACCGCCACUGUACUCGAAUUGCGACGAUCUUUAUCAGACGACCACGUGUGCCAACAACACUAAAGCUACACAAACUGCCGUCUUUUCGAGCAUUUCCAGCGGUAGUAAUAUGUCAACUGUUGGUACUCAGACAGAAGCAAGUGGUUGUUGUUGUCUCUGUUCUAAACAGCAACCGAUGUUGGAACCUGCUAAACCGAUGAGCACAAACAGUGAUAGUCAAAUGCAAUAUAAUAAUAGUAAUUAUAAUCGUGAUUACCCUAGUGAUGACUGUGAUACAAUCCAGCCCGAGGCUGACGUUGUGGUCCGCGAUAAACAUCAAUGCGACAAUUUCAGAGGUCUUCGAAAGGCCGAAAUGCUUCUGCAGGCCAUUCAGCGGACGGCAAUCAUCAAUGACCACCACCAGCCUAAAACGGCACAUUUCAAAAACAAUAAUUACUAUAAUGGUAGUUACAAUGAUAAUAACAAUAUUGGUAGUGAUACAGCAAAGUGCGAGCGAAGCGAAUGUGAUAAUUUUACUUUCAAUAAAAAUGCGCUAGAUUUAGGUGACUGUCGUUUAUGCAAACGACAAAAAACGAAGCAUAAUUUUAAGUUAGCUCUCAACGAGUCGGAGAACAGUAGCACAAGUAGUAGCACCAACAGUAGUCCUCCCGGCUGUCGUCGGACGUUGUCUGAGAGUUUGGUGGGCCAUUUCACCAUACCAUCGUCAACGUGUAACGACGGAACAGGAUCGAUCGAUGUAGGCAACAGCAAUAGUCAAAGUGCUCGGAAGAAUGUUGAUGAUCUCAGCGUUGCACUUAGUAGUUCAACGGGUGCAAUUGAAAGCGGAACCUUUUCAUUCGAACAAUUGAAAAGCUACCGACGUGCUUUCUCCGAAGAUGUCAUAGACACUAUCAAUUCGAAAAAUAUGCUUGAAUCGAACCAAAUUGUCGAUGACGAUGACGACCAGGAGGAAGAUGAGGAGGAUGAAACUUUUCAUAAGUGUGAAUGUCCGAUUAAAUGCUCUCUGCCAGCGUUAAUUGGCCGUACACAAUUUUUAUCACCCGAAGCUGAUCGUCUUCAAACAUCAACACCAGCUAAUAGUAGGAACAAAUUUCCUCUCUAUGUGAGUUGCGUGGAAAGCGAUUGUUCUGUUAGUACAGCGAGUAGUGUGUCACCCCACAAGAAACAGAUCCUCAGUUAUACGGCCGCUAUGCCUCACUCUAAACCAAUAUCUCCCACAUAUUUUACUAUCCCCAAAAUCAAUCUCAGCAAUAUAUUCAAUAUAUCGCCUUUGGCACGAGAAGAUUCUGGUUUCGCAAGCAGCUCAAGUCCAAUACCUAUUGAUGGUAGUGUAUUCAAUUUCACAGGAUCGAUAGAUCGCUUAAACGUACGUAAAUCCAACUCAGCACCGACGAAUCACCUUUCACCCGGGUCACUAUCACCCAGAUUCAUUCGGUAUAGUUAUAAAAAUCAACGUACUCGCCACCUUUCGGAGCGCAGUUCCUUUUCUGAACGUUCAUCGGUUGGUUCUGACGAACACCUUUCGGAUGAUGAAUUUCCUUAUAUACCGGAUUCAGUCGCCAUUGGUAACACUGGUCAUGCUGCUCUUGUUUCAAACAUGAUUCCGUACUCACCAUUAAAAUUCGGAAUAGCACAACGUUUAUACAGUAAAACAUUCAGCAAGAACCUCUUCAAAUUUGGACGUCUGCCACUACUAAGUACAUUAGAGGAGUCACUGUUGCAACGCCGUAUUGCUCCCAAAUUCCAAGUAGCGGAUUUCAAAGUAUUGCUGGGAGCAUCAGGGAGCUUUUGUCCAACUCAACAAACCAUUCCGGCUGCUUCGUACUUUUACGAACUACCGGGUCAGCACCUCACCACACCAUAUGUGUGUGAACUACGUCUUCCAAGGAAAGGAUACUCGGUCCCGCGUCAAGGUACAGUACAGGUUACAUUGCUCAAUCCUCUAGGAACAGUGGUCAGGAUGUUCGUAGUACCGUACGAUUUUCGGGAUAUGCCUGUAAUGUCAACAACUUUCAUCCGUCAACGCAUACUAGCCUAUGACGAUAAUAGCAAAAGUGAAUUAUUGCCUGUUAAAAGCGUGGAAGAGUUGAGUAAUGCAGAGCAAAUGAAACUGUUACGAUAUGCAAUACAUCUGAGAUUCCAAACAUCGCGUUCAGGUAAACUCUCAUUACACACCGACAUUCGCUUGUUGAUAUCCCGGCGCACUGACUGUGAUACAGCGGCAGCACACGCGAAAAACCUGCUUGAGGCACCAAAUGAAUUGAAAGUGGUCACAAUCGUUCCGGAGAAUCCCAAGUUUAGUCUGAGAGUAGACAAGCAGUAGAAAAGUGAUUUUGUCUAUUUCCUACUUUGUUUUAGCACUAAUUCAGUUUUGAAAAUUUUAAGUUUUCAAAAUUUUUAAUUUGUAUCUUUUGUUUCCUGCCAUCUUUCGUUGGCACUGUGAUUGUGAGUCCAUCAAAUGUCGUGUUUACCGCACAUCACAACAAUACGAAUUAUUUAUUUGGUUCGAUGAAUUGUGUUCGCGACUAUCAAACCAACGAUGGAUGGAUCACGUCUGUACUUUUAUUUUACUGCACUGAUUUUAUAUCUCAUUAUAAUUUGUUAUGAAUUCUUUUGUUAAUAUAAUGAUUCGGAAAAGCUAUUUUUUGUUUGGGGCACAAUUUCACAUGCUUGUCAUGUACACUAUAAUUGUCAUAGUGUUCAUUUUGUAUGUAUGAAUGUGAAAACUAUACCUAAGGUUUGAAAACGAUAGAAUUUACAAAAAAAGUUUGUUAUGGUUUUCUUAGAAACUGGUAGUUGUGACUAAACAAAACGAGCUAAUAUUUGUGUCCGCUGUUUAAAUAGAUUCCAAACUAUCCGAUAUAUCUGCUUAUCAUCAGAAAAUGAUACACUGAUGGAUUGUGUAUGCUUAAGCUGUGAUUUGCAAAGAUGACUGUUUGUGCAGGUGUGUUUGUCGUAACUCUUUAAUACACAGCACGAAUAAGAUUAUCUCUAAACAUAAAAGCGAAUUGUGUAUAUUGUUAAUAUGUUUUAUUCAAGUGAUGUAUGAUACGAUAUGAUCAACAAGAAAAUGUUCUUUUUUAGGUUUAAAAUCGCUUAAGGCUCUACCGGCUUCCUAGCCUCGAUAUAAAUAAAGUCCAAUUGCUGCUAACAUCGUACAUUUUCGAGUACAACUUUCAUUUCUAAACUCCGUGAACGUUAUCCAGUGUUAGACUAUAUUCAACACACAAAGAAAAACAUUAUGACAUACGAGUUUAGUUUAAGAUAGUUUUCGUUCCAAAUAAUUGCGAAAUUUCGACAUUUGAUCAACAUCCAUUUUCAUCAUUCGAGGCUUGAUAUCGACAUGCACGAGAUUCUUCCCAUGCAAACAAAUAGAGGGAACAUUAUUAUAACAGACGCAUGGAAAAGUCCAUUUUAAUUUGUCUAUUUCAGAUACUACACAUCGAACUCGAGUAUGGAGCCUCAAUUUUUUCGGUUAUGCUUUUUUUUUUUUUAAAUUUUCUACUUGUGGUUGUAAAAGAAUAUUUACAAAAUUGAAAUCGCUAUUUAAAGCUUGACGCAUUCUCACUUUUUCAGGAAUGUGUUUAGGUUCAUUUUAAUUACGAACGGAAUAACGGAAAUUCAAACCACGACGCAAAAACUGACAUUGAAUACGUUAACUAAAGCUCAGUGUACUCGUUAAAACGGAAUGACAUGUAUGUUUACUAUGCAAUUGUUUUUUAAUCUAAUUACAAUCGACUCGUCUUAUCAUACCGUAGAAAAUAUACGUGAAAAUAAUCUUCACAGUGAAGUAUUUUAGGACAGAUUCUAUAUAGCUAACAAAACCGUCAUCGCCGAAUUAUGAUAUCAGUUUGAUAUCAACAUUUCAAAUGAAGAGUAGAAUAUAACUCACUGCCAUAUUUUUGAAUCUGAGUUACACCGAGCAAAAUAGUAGUCAAUUUUCCGACGAAGUUACUUUUGUUUGUAGAUAAAUUGAAUUUCUGAUUAGAUAAUUGAACGACGGAUAACUAUUACUCUAGAAAAAAUAAGAUGUUUUAGACAUUGCAUUCUUUAAAGUGUGGAAGGGAAAAUGGUUCCUGCUGUGUUGACGCCAAACAUUAUUGACUAUAAUUAGUCUUGUUCUAUUGGAAACAUUAGAAUUGUGAAUACCAGCGAUAAUUUGUAUUCGACAUGUGUUACGAAAAUAUCUUCCAAAUAUGAAAACUCCUCUGAUUUCCUAUCCUUUCUGGCGAACAAUUAAAUUAAUAUGUACCAUGCAGAGAAUUAUGUUUCAUCAAUAAUACUGAAUGGUUGAAGCGAUGAUCUGAUUCGGGAAAAAUGUCUUUAUCCUAUCAAAUUAGAUAGACCUUCUUAAAAUGUAUGUUUCUGUUAUCAAUCAUGGAGAGCGAUCCCAAGAUAUGUAUAUUUGUUUUAGUAGUUCUUUGAAGGUGAAUUCUAGGAUGAAUUAAUUACACCACACUGCAAUUAUUUAUCAUCAUUUUUCAAAGUACAAAGUCGUUUCCAAAUGAAAUACAUUGUUCGUUUUUUUUGCAUCUCCUGCUUUACGAUGUCAUUUUGCUUUCUCAUAAUUGUGUUCCACCAAAUAGUUAGGAUAUGAGGUAAAUGAGGCCUUUUCCAUGCAGAUUUUUAGUGUUCUACUUGAACAUUGAACAAUAUCUGUGCUGUAUUCGACAUUUUCAGCAUAAUCAGAUAUUUUGAGGAUGGACUAGCUCGGCUAUAUAAUAUUUUACAUAUUGUUCUUGAACGGAAUGGCCCUUUUUCGAAUCAGUUCGUUGAUAUCGCAAAAUGUAUGUAUGUAACAAAUAAUGUCACUUUAUAUUUUCUUGAAGAUGACUAAACCAAUAUUCAAAACGAAGAUUUGUCAAUAUUAUCUAAAUCCGCCUUCCGCUUCCGGAAUUAUGGCAUAUGUGUAAAACAGCGAUUGUAUAGCCUUUUUACACGAGAAAGGUAAAAAAUAAAUAAUGUCACUCCCUAUCCUCAAAGAAGACCACAUGAUAAACUCCUGAAUUUCAUUCAGAUCCGGUUCCGGAAUUACAGGGUGUUAAAAACAAACAUUUGGGGGUAAAUUCUAUAAAACUGGUUUGAAAAAUCUUACAGUUUAUGCCCAAACAAGCGUUCCUCGGUUAUAGCGACCAUCGAUUAUUGGUUCCAGAAAUAUUUCAAACUGGAACAUCGAGUUCUAAGAGACGGUAGUGUUAUUAGUCAUUUGGUCCACGAUUAGUACAGCAUUGGUCACAAACUCCAAAUAAGAACUUAUUCACGUUUCUCAGAGUUAUUGUUGAUUUUUUUUUAGAUUCGACUUCCAGUUACAGCAUUACUGGGUAUUCGAACUCCGGAUUUACAGUGUUUGAAAUUUUAUGUGAUGUUUACCAAAUCAGGUUAAAAAUAAUUUGGUAAUCGAAACUGAUUUGUCGAUAAUGCCUAAAAUAUACCCAAUUAAAAUAAAACCUGCGUGGUAGACCGUGCGACCUCUAUGUCCUAUAUGAUUGUAAAAACACAAUGGUUCAGAAACUAGUUUUGUUACAUAUUUACUAUUUGCGUUACUUGUAACGAACGCAGAAUUGUAUACUUUAAUUCUAGUGAUAUAUUACAUUGUGAAACUAGAACAUUUGAUAUAAUCAAAUCAGUACUGAAGAACAAUGCUGCACUUGAUAACGAGAUAGACGUAUUUCUGCUAGUUAUCGAUUUUCUUCGACAGAUGGGUCUUAUUUUUUGUUUUUUUCAGUGGGAACAUUCGACUGGCUACAUCAGCUGAUAUACACACCAAGACAUUUUUAACUACUUUUAUUAACCAAUUAUUAUUUGAAUCGCACAACUACAAUCAAACUCAAACAACUCUAGUUACAUUAAUUUCAUCAACAUGAUAAACGACCUUCCGAACAAAACACAGCUUAAAAUGUAUAGAUACUAGUCAGUUACAAUAGCAGCAAGUUGCAAAUAAAUAGAUCGGAUUAAAGGCUUUGUAAAACCAGGUGUUGUCCUGAGUGUGUACAUUCAACAGUUUAAAAUGCAAUAAUUAAAACUCCAAUUACAAAUCUAUCACAAAAAAGAAUGAACAGUUUGUCUGUUUACAAUAAAUAAAAAAUUUUAGCAAUCAUAAGAGAAGACGAACACAACAAUAAACAGUUGUGCAGACCAGACCUCUGUGUAUGAAAAGGAACACGCAACACAGCAAAAACAUUAGAAAAAGUAGGGAUAUCAUUAGUUUGAUUAGACAUCGAUAACGAUGAACAAGAAAUAACAAUAUACCGAAGAUUUAAAAAUUAGUGGCAAGUGAAAUGUGGACGUUAAACUAAAUGAAAACGAAAAAAAAACUAAAAACAUAUACACAUGCUAUAUAUUUAUACAACCCUUUUUUCAAACAUAAUGGAAAAUAUUUAAUAAAUAAAUUUGGGGAAUCGCCCCUCUAGAUGUUCAAUCAAUGAAUAAAAAAUAACAA